UUACAUGUUUUGAUAAUUAAAACAUUUGAACUCCAACUGUCAAGGAUCCAGUUUGUUGCACAGUGUUGGUGGAAUAGUAAGAACUUGUUUUUAAUUCUCUCUGUCUGUUUGUUCCUCCAGCUGCAGGAGACGGUGAAGAGGAAGCUGGAGAACACCGGUUCUCCGCUGGGCAGAGAUCCGGUCAACGGGUUCGGUGACGGCUUCCCCCCCAACAAGAAGACCUGUCUGGACAACGGCGCCGUCAACGGCUCCCCGCUGGACUCCAAGCUGGGCAUCAGCGACUCUCUGAACUCUAACGGGACCCACGGGUCGGCCAGAGAGUCGGCGGACGGCGGCGGCAGAAGGGAGUCGGGUUCUGACUUCCACCGUAAGGAGAUGAAGCAGGAGCCCGACGACAUCCUGCCCAUCAUGCCUCCGUCGGUUGGAGGAGGAGGAGGAGGAGGCAACAACAGCCUGUUCCCCGACCUCAACCUGAACGAGCAGGAGUGGACGGAGCUGAUGGAGGAGCUGAACUGCUCCGUGGCCUACGAGGACAUCCAGGACAUUCUCAACGACGGCUUCGAGGAGGACCGCAAAGACUCUCUGGUGCUGACUCCGGGUGGUGCUGGAGGAGGAGGAUCAGGAGGAGCUGGAGGUGGAGGAGGUAUGCUUCCUCCAGAUUUAGUCCACGUUAAGACAGAGUUCUCUCCCUCCUCCGUGGCUUUCGAGCAGGACUCUCGGACCGGGUCCCCCCACGUCAGGUCCUCCUCCGGGCCUCCUCCUCGCUCCCCCGUCGCCUCCUCCUCCGCCUCCUCCCCGGCUCCUCCUCCUCCUCCCAGGCAGCUUCAGCCUCCCCCCAACAACCACCUCCUCCCUCCGGGUGGCCCUCCGGUUCCCAAAGACCUUUCCCCUGCCCAGCAGCUCCAGCAGCUGGCCGCCCAGCAGCAGAGAGCCCAGCAGCACCUCCACGGCCACCAGAUGCAGCACAAACAGCCACAGCCUGGUGGGGCCAAGUUCCACAACCAGGGGCCCCCCCAUGCCCACCCGCCGCCUUCUUGGCCCCCGAUGGCCAACACCUCCCAGAGUCCACUAGGGGCUGCGUUUGGUAUGGACAAGCAAACGAGCCCCUCUUUGUACCCGCAGGACUUCAACCCAAACACCCAGAAGCAGCUGCUGAUGCCCGGUCAGCCCAACAAAGGCCCCCCCAAGCCGGGGUACCCCAACAUGAUGGGUCACCCGACGUCGGCGGCGCCGGGGGCCCAGGCCACGGCCGCCAUGCUGAACUACAACAACACCAAACCUCUGUCACACUUUGAGGCGGGACCCGGACCGCCGAGGCCCCCCAACACCCAGAGCCAGAACAAGGCGGCCCUGCUGACGCUACUCCGACAGCAGCAGCAGAUCAAACAGAAGAACAGCAUGAACUUCCGGCAGCACAUAACACACACACAGGUAAGAGAAACACACACGCACACACAGGUAA